CCGCAUUUCCUCUAGUCCAGUCGGUGGCGGUAAUGCACCAAAACACCAAGAAGAAGAAGAACGAUACAAGAAGAAAAAGGAGAUUGCGCCGCGGUCCUGUGUUUGUUGUGAUUCAGCUGAAGAAAGUGUCCAGAAAAAUCUCCCGUUAUAAACAUGGCGUUUAUUAAAGAGGAGAGUGAAGAGAUGAAGAUUGAAGAAGCGUUCAGUGUGAAAGAAGAAGAUAUUGAGGAACAAACAGACCGGAUGGCACUGAAAGAGGAGAGAGAAGUACUAGAUGAAGUGGAAGAGAAAGUUCAUGAUUUCAGAACUAGAGAAGAAUCUUUCAAAAGUUCACAGACUGAAAAGGCUUCCUCACGAAAAAGAGCUCAAAAGACAGGAAUUUUCUUUUUUACUUGCUUUCAGUGUGGAAAGAGUUUCAGUCAACAUGAAAAACUUAAAGACCACAUGGGAAUUCACAAUGGAGAGAAGCCUUUCACCUGCAAACAGUGUGGAAAAAGUUUCACUGAAAAAGGAAACCUGAAUGUUCACAUGCGAAUUCACACUGGCGAGAAACCAUACGCAUGCCCCGAGUGUGGAAAGAGUUACUCUUCAAAAGCAGCCCUUACAAGCCACACGAGAAUUCACACUGGAGAGAGGCCUUACACCUGCAAAUUGUGUGGAAAAUGCUUUACAGCAGAACUAAGCUUUAGGUAUCACAUGAACAUUCACACUGGAGAGAAGCCGUUCAAAUGUGAUAAGUGUGAAAAGAGUUUUGCACGUAAAGGAAGCCUUAAUUCCCACAAGACCGUUCAUUUAAAAGAGAACUGUUUUACAUGUCAUCGGUGUGGAAUGAGUUUUCCUAACCUGAAACGCCUCAACAGGCAUGUGAUAAUUCAUCCUGGAGAGAAGCCUUUCAAAUGCCCGCAAUGUGAAAGGAGUUUCCGAUUCAAUAAAUACCUUAAGACUCACAUGAGAAUGCACACUGGAGACAAGCCUUUCACGUGUCAUCUCUGUGGAAAUAGUUUUGUUCAUAAAUCAAGCCUAAAGACUCACAUGAGAAUUCACACUGGAGAGAAGCCUUUCACAUGCCCUCAGUGUGGAAAUAAUUUUGCAUAUAAAGAAUCCCUUGAUUGCCACAUGAGAACUCACACUGGAGAAACCCCCUUCAGCUGCAAACUGUGUGGGAAAAGCUUCUCACAAAAAGGAAACCUUAGGUAUCACAUGAGAAUUCACACUGGAGAUAAGCCUUUUAAAUGUGAUCAGUGUGGAAAGAGUUUCAGACAUAAAGGGACCAUUAAGAACCACAUAAAGUCUCACUUAAGAGCAAACUCUUUUAUAUGCCAUCAGUGUAGACAGAAUUUCGCCAACAGAAAAGAUCUUAAGAAGCACAUAACAACUCACAUCGGAGAGGCACCUUUCAUGUGCCAUCACUGUGGAAAAAGUUUCACACUUAAAGGAAGCCUCAAGACUCACUUGAGAAUUCACUCUGGAGAGAAGCCUUUCACGUGCCAUCACUGUAGAAAGACUUUCAGAUUCAAAGGAAACCUCCAGACUCACAUUCGACUUCACACUGGAGAGAAACCUUUCACGUGUCUUGAGUGUAAAAAGUGUUUUACAUACCAAAGAGACCUAAAACGUCAUUUGCUAAGUCAUUCUGGAAAGAAUCUGCAGAGUUCUGAGUGUGGCAAGAGGUUUGUAAAAAGGAGCAAUUUCAAAAAUCCCCUGCCCAUUCACUCUGGAGCAAGACGAUUUAAUUGUGAUCAGUGUGAUAAAAAAUUUAUUGUACUAUCGCACUUAAAGAUACACCUGAAAAGUCAUGCGGAUGUGAGACCCUAUUUGUGUUGUUCAUGUGGAAAGAGAUUUAAAUGGCUUAGCAAUUUAAAAUGGCACCAGAAAAUACGUGUCUGUGUAAAAUUAAGGCUACGGUCACGCCGCACCUGAAUGUAGGCCAAAAAUGAACUACUGACGUUAGAAUCAAAAUAUUCAAUAAACAUUUGUUCUGCUGUGAAAUGCCACCAUUGAAGAUUAUGAAUAAAUGGACGAACUGAAUGAUAUAAUGAACAUUGCACUGC